AUGCAACAACCACCACAACAAGAGCGUUCGCCGACAGAAUUUCUGAGUAAUGUUAUCGGUAGACCUGUUGUUGUAAAGUUAAAUUCUGGAGUGGACUAUCGAGGAAUUCUCUCGUGCCUUGAUGGUUAUAUGAAUAUUGCCCUUGAACAAACAGAAGAAUGGGUUAACGGCCAGCUGAAAAAUAAAUAUGGAGAUGCGUUUAUCCGUGGAAACAAUG